AUGUCGGACGACGAGACGGAUCCCGAGCUCCUCGCUCUGCUUCGACAGCAUCUCGAGGGCAAGCUCGGUGUGGAUGCGGACCAAGAGGAGGAGACGGGUGUUCUUUCGGGAGCAGAGUACGUCUACAACAACGGAAUCGACGUGGCCAUCGAUAUGCGAGCGACAAAAAACGCGGCCGAAAGCAUCUACCAGCAGAUGCAGCAGAAGAGCUACUCGACCGCCACCUGGUCCGAGCAUGAGCUGCACCCGACGACCAAGGACGAGAGCACAGUCAACUUCAUCUUCACCAUGGACCUGCUCAACUUUUCCUUUUGGUCCGACCUCCCGGACGAUGAGAGAUUCGCCAUCGAACACCGGGGCCGGCGAUGGACCGGCUACUGGAGCUUAGUCGCGGCCCUUCAAAGGGCCCUGGAUGAGGGAAUUCCCAUCACGGACCCGCAUUUUUGGCACGACGAGGAUGAGUGCAAUCUGAAGGCUCUGAAACAUAUAUUUCGUUCCUGUACCGACGAGGAAAUGCCAUUGUUGCCAGAGCGUCUAGCUUGCUUGCGAGAGAGCGCUCAAGUGCUGUACGACAGAUACAACUGCUCCAUCACCCGACUCAUCUCCGUAGCCAACGGUUCCGCCGCCCGGUUGGCGAACAUUCUCGCCCGAGACUUUUCGUGCUUCCGUGACGAGCACAGCUUUCCCGGCAGCAGCAAGCCCAUUCGCUUUCUCAAACGAGCCCAGAUCCUUUGCGCAGAUCUGUGGGCUUGCUUUCAAGGCGAGUCCUACGGUCGUUUUACUGACAUUGACAAGAUCACCAUGUUUGCCGACUACCGCAUACCGCAGAUACUCAUCUCCUUGGGUGCUCUGUACUGCAGCCCAUCGGUGGUAUCGGCCAUCGAAGCCAGGCGGUGCUUGGAGAGCGGCGGACCGUGGGAAGUCCAAUUGCGAGGUGGGCAACCGAUGAUUUCGGGGUUUAUUUGGUCGGCUGGCUAA